UAGAGUUCGCGGUCUCUGCAUGCAACGGCCAGCCAGCUCGGGAGCAGACAGAGCGAGGGGAGAUGGCAGUGAAAAGGCUCGUACUUGUUCUGUUUUGUGCAGCAACGCUCGAACUUUGCAACGGUUCUGAGCUGUGUGAUUCCGACCCAUGCCUCAAUCAGGGAGUCUGUGUCUCCAUCUCUCCCUCUGACUACGUCUGUCAGUGCAUGUACGGCUAUGCCGGAGAGCUCUGCGAGAUCGACAUAAACUUCUGCGACAGCAACCCUUGUCUUCAUGGAAACUGCACCGACGACGUAUUCUCAUUCAUUUGUGAGUGUGACCCUGGAUUUUCAGGCAGGCAGUGUCAGGAAAACAUAAAUGAAUGCGAGGGAGAACCGUGUGGGGAUUUUGGUAGCUGUAUUGAUGGAGAAGGGGAUUACACGUGCGAGUGUGAUUUGGGUUACACGGGGAUAAACUGCGAAACAAACAUUGACGAUUGUAGCCCAGAUCCCUGUGUAAACGGCGAAUGUAGAGAUGGAGUGGAUAGCUACGUGUGCGAAUGUGCCCCCUCGUUUGCUGGGACUAAUUGCACUGUAAUGACAAGUUGCUCGGUUGAGGAGGACACCUGUGAGAAUAAUGGAGUGUGCAACGUUACGCUUGAGGGGGGAGACCGACAGAUCUCCUGUAUCUGUCUGACUGGCUACACGGGUGAAAACUGCAAAACGGACAUUGACGAAUGCUCGGACAAUCCCUGCACAAACGGGGGUACGUGUCACGAUCUCUUGGGCCAGUUUUCCUGUAGCUGUCCCAUGGAUUUCACAGGAGAUACCUGCUCCAUUGAAUUCGAUCCUUGUGAUCCUGAUGUCCUUCCCUGCCAAAAUGGCAUAUGCAGAAAUGGCGAAUGUUUCUGUCGAAAUGGGUUCACAGGCACACUCUGUGAGAUUAACAUUGACGACUGCUCCUCCACUACGUGCUUUAAUGGUGGUUCUUGCAUCGAUAUGGUGGCAAGUUUCAGGUGUGAGUGUGCGGAGGGAUUCUCGGGGGAUCUCUGCAACACCUCCACAUCCGACCCCUGCAGUGCUUCACCUUGUCUUAACGGUGGUACCUGUACCUCACUUGGUAGCACUGAGUACUCUUGUGUCUGCCCCUCGGCUUUUACUGGCGUCAACUGUAGUGAGAUGAUAGAAUUCUGCCUCUCAGAUCCUUGUCUAGAUAACACAACUGCAGCCUGUAUCAGUACCGUUGAUGGCUUUGAGUGCAUUUGCCUGCCUGGGUACGAGGGUGAUAGGUGCGAGACUGAUUUUGAUGCAUGUGAGCUGCUUGCCCCCUGUGCUAAUGGAGGACUUUGCACAGACAUGGAAGGGUUAAGGUACUUCUGUGCGUGUGUUGGAGGCUAUGAAGGAGUAAACUGCAGUGUGGAGAUAGAUGAAUGCCUGUCGAAUCCAUGCCAAAACAGCGGCACAUGUCAGGAUGAAGUUGCCGGGUACAGCUGCAGUUGUCCGACUGGCUACACUGGUAGCGAGUGUCAGGUAAAUAUUGACGACUGUUUGCCCCGUCCCUGUCAAAAUGGUGCCACAUGUGAGGAUCUGGUGGCUGGGUAUGUGUGUCUAUGUCCUCCUGGUUUUACUGGUCAAAACUGCUCCGUCGAGGUAGUUGGUUGUAGCGACGAGCCUUGCGGAAAUGGAGCCACAUGCGUGGAGGUCGGGAUCGGAUUUAUAUGUGAGUGUGCUCCAGGCUUUACGGGUGGCAAUUGCAUGAGUAAUAUCGAUGACUGUGCAUCUAGUCCUUGCCACGGAGCGGCUGCUUGUGUUGAUGGCAUUGACUCGUUUUCAUGUGCUUGUCCGAUCGGAUUUACUGGCACGUUGUGCGGUGACCUCAUCGACUUCUGCUCCUCCAAUCCAUGCCUGAACGAAGGUACUUGCACCUCUCGCCAAAACAGGUUUGUGUGCAAUUGUUCCGAGGGGUAUACUGGAAUUCAGUGUGAGACACGACUCUGCACUCUAGACUGUAGGAACGGCGGUGAGUGCAUCAACGAUGGCACGUUGUCCCAAAGUUGCAGCUGUAGACCAGGAUUCACAGGCUCAUUGUGCGAGACUCAAUUCAGCGUCUGUGACGCCGCACCGUGUGCUGGCAACUCUACAUGUGUACCUCUGGCCAAUGACUCCUUCCUCUGUCUCUGCAGUCAGGGCCUCACUGGGGCCCUGUGCGAAGAAGACAUUGAUGAGUGCGAGACAGAGCCUUGUGGGGACAAUGGCGUCUGUGUGAAUCUGGUGAACGGGUUUGAAUGCAUGUGUCACAACGGAUUCACCGGAGAUCUUUGCCAGACUAAUAUCAACGACUGCAGCCCGAAUCCUUGCGGCUACAACUCCACUUGCAUUGAUUUAAUUGCCAAUUACUCCUGUGAGUGCGCCCCUGGUUUCGAGGGUCGUAAUUGUACAAUCGACACUGACCUCUGUGAUCCUCUGCCCUGCAUGAAUGGUGGAUCUUGCAGCCAAAACCUCACCCAGGGCUCUGUCACCUGUUCAUGUGUGGCUGGCUACCAUGGUCUCUUCUGCCAGUUGGACAUUGAUGAAUGCAACACGACCACUUCUCCCUGUUUUAAUGGAGGGGAGUGUGUUAAUACUCGUGGGGGGUUCCAGUGCGUUUGUCGCAGCGGUUUUUCUGGACCGUUCUGUGAAGAAUACAAUGAUUGCGAUGGUCUUUCUGUGUGCAUGAAUAAUGCUACAUGUGUGGAUACUGGCAACGACUUUGAGUGCAUCUGUCCCCCAGGAUUCACAGGAGUGAUCUGCGACAUUGAAAUCAACGAGUGUGACAGCAAUCCGUGUCUCAACAAUGGCAUAUGCCAGGACAGGUUCUUGGACUUUGAAUGUAUCUGCACUGAAGACUACGACGGGCGAGUGUGUGACAUCAACCUUAACCCCUGUUCCUCUAGUCCCUGUAUGAACAGUGGAGAGUGUACCAACGGAGAGCCUGGUUCGGAAGAGUUCUCAUGCACGUGUGCUCUUGGUUUCACAGGUCCACUGUGUGAAGAAGAUAUCAAUGAUUGUGAUUCAAAUCCUUGCCCCGUGGGCUCAACUUGCCUCGAUGCAGUCAACAACUUCACCUGUUUGUGUCCCCCAGGGUUCAGUGGACACUUGUGCGAGGAUAAUUUCAUCGACAACUGUGCCUUCCCCUACUGUCUGAAUGGGGGGACAUGUGUAGACAUUGGUGCUGACUACGUCUGCAUGUGCGAUACGGGCUUCACUGGACAAAACUGCGAAUUUGGUAUAAAUGAAUGUCUUGACAACCCGUGCUUCAACGGUGGGACGUGCAGGGAUCUGUUUAGAGGCUAUGAAUGUAUGUGUCCAGCAGGAUUCUCUGGUGUGGCAUGUGAGAUUGAUAUUGAUGAAUGUCUUGGAAUUGACUGCAACAACGGAUCUUGCAUAGACUUAGUAGCCGACUUCACUUGCAACUGUGUACCAGGCUACGUGGGUGAGAGAUGCGAGACUGAUUUUGAUGAGUGUGGGGAGGUAGAAUGUCUAAAUGACGGGAGUUGCCUCGAUCGAAUCAAUAAUUACACCUGUGAGUGUGUCCCUGGAUUUGAAGGCCGGCACUGUGAGGUGGACAUCGACGAAUGCACAGGAGUUGACUGUGGGAAUGGCACAUGUGAAGAUCUGGUAGAUGCUUUCUACUGUCAGUGUGUGAUGGGCUACACCGGCUCUGCCUGUGAGGCCAUGAUAGACGAGUGUGAGCAGGAGCCUUGCAUGAAUGGUGCCUCGUGCCUUGACCAACUCAACAACUUCACUUGUCUCUGCCCGGAGGGGUUCCAGGGGAGGUUCUGCGAGGUCAACGUUGACGACUGUCUCAACGUUACCUGUCUCAAUGGAGGUACAUGUCGGGAUGGAAUAAGCAGCUACACCUGCGACUGUGUGUUUGGCUAUGGGGGAGAAGACUGUGGGGAAAUACUGGACCUCUGUUCAUCUGAUACUUGCUCUAACAAUGGUACCUGCACCACAACUGCCCCAGGAGUCAUUGAGUGUUCGUGUACUCCUCUCUUCACUGGCUCUGCCUGCGAAAUCUACAUCGACCUCUGCCUUGAUCCAGAUCGCUGUGCCAAUGGUGGUGAAUGCAUCCCCACUGAGGUUGACAGAGCUCCAGGGUUUACCUGUAACUGUCCCGCUCUCUACAGGGGAUCGACUUGCGAAAUUUUUGAUCCCUGCGUCAGUCAGCCUUGCUACAACAAUGGGUCUUGUGUUGUUGACACAACCACUGAGUUUGGCUACCGUUGCAACUGUUCACUUCUGUAUAUUGGGUACAACUGCUCCUACACAAACCUCUGCUUGCUCAACCAGCCUUGCUCUAAUGGAGGCACGUGUAUCAACCACAUACCAGCUGUGAAUGACACCCCAUCCAGCAGUGAAGGCACCACCUCAUGUGUGUGUGGCCCAGACUUCACUGGCGAGAGCUGUGAAGCAGAAAUCACUCCGUGCUACAAUGAGCCUUGCAGCAACGGAGGAACUUGUGUGUUGGACCCAACAUCUAACCUUGGCUACAUUUGCCAGUGUCCACUGUACUGGCACGGAACCAACUGUACACAAGAGAUCAACAUUGUAACACCAUCAUUCGGUGGUGACUCAUAUCUCUCCCAUUCUCUCCCUGGCCCAUCAAGUUCCCAAUUCAACUACUCUCUAGCAUUUCUCACAUCUGAACCAUCUGGUCUGGUCCUAUACCUAGCUCAGUCUAGUCCCCUCAGCUACAUCGCUCUGGGUCUGGAGUCUGGGAGGGCCGUACUCUAUGUUGGGACCGACUCAGGACCAGUUGAACUGAGUGUAGAACAAGUUGAGGCCAACGAUGGUGAAUGGCAUGUAGUUGAACUCAAUGUAGACACCGAAGAGGCCUCCCUUCAGGUUGACAAUCUAAUGGAGAGAGUCAGUGUUUCAAUAAGCUUCCCAGUGACUGAGACUGACACUCUGGUGUACGUUGGAGGUGUGCCAGAUAUCUCUCUGUUGCCUGAGGAUGUGGCGCAAACUGUUGGACUUGUGGGGUGUGUACAUGAUCGAGCAGCCAAUGGACACUCAGUUGAGCUGGCAGUGGUGUAUCAUGAGGGUCGCGACGUCAAUCAAUGCUCUCAGCCAGUCUGCCAGUACAUUGAGUGCCAGAACGGAGCCACAUGCAGCGACGUGGGGCAGGCUCCUGGCUUCACCUGCAGUUGUCUCCCUUUCUUCUCUGGAGUCUUCUGUGAGAUGGCUCUGCCAGUAUGCGACCCUAACCCCUGCUUCUUUGGAGGUGUCUGCAGAGAGCAGCAGUUUACCUUCAGCUGUCAGUGUCCACUAGGGAGGGGCGGGAGGAGUUGCGAAGAAGAUAUCACUAUCAUCGUUCCUUCAUUCUCUGGAGAUUCCUACAUCGCCUAUCCACCCAACUCCUACAUACCCGCUAGCAUUCAAACCGUCACGAUCUCUCUCACAUUCAAUCCAGUCACUGGCAGUGGUCUCCUCUUCUUCACCAGUACCUCAGAGACUGACUUUACUGACUAUUUCUCCCUGGCACUGGUUGAUGGCCACGCUGAACUCAGAUUCAAUCUUGGCUCUGGCCAUUUGUCCGUCACAAGUGAAGAAGAGUUGGAGCUAAACACUUGGCAUGUUGUCACAGCUACUCUAUCAUCUGGUAGAGGUGAACUGACGGUCGACGACGGACCUCUUAUUCCAGGGUCCUCCCAAUCCCCGUUCACUAUACUAAACACCCAGAAUGACAUCUGGCUAGGAGGAUAUACUAACUUUGUAGAUCUGACGUCAAUCACAGGCACGGCGGAAGGGUUCUCUGGAUGUGUAUCAGAUCUGACUAUCGAUGGAAGAAGUGUAGACUUCAUCCUGGAUGCCGACAAUGGAUUGGGUGUGACGCAAUGUGACACAAGCUCAUGCGAGGCCCAGCCUUGUAUGAACGGUGGUUCAUGCUUGGAAGACGGGCCGUCGUUUGUGUGUGUGUGUCCUCCCGGGUUCUCUGGUCCUCUGUGCAGCCGAGUGGCCGAUCGGUGCGGCAGCGAGCCUGACUUGUGUGCCGAGGGAGCCACCUGCAUCAACAGUGAUGACGGACUAGUUUUCUCUUGUCUCUGCCCCGUAGGAAGAAGUGGAGAACGAUGUGAUGAAGAUGUAGACAUACAGACUCCAGCCUUCAAUCUCACAUCGUUUCUUCAGUACAACCCACACUUGUUUGAUCCACCACUCUCCAUUGUGAGUCUGAGGUUCAAUCCAUCAUCGCCCAAUGGCCUCAUUUUCUACUACGGAGACCACACACUCAACAGGGACUUUUUAUCCGUGGCAAUGAUCCAGCAAAGGGUCGAGUACCGCUAUGACCUGGGAUCAGGGCUUGCUGUCCUGAUCAGCGAUCCGGUCGACCUGGAUUCGUGGCACUAUGUGGUAGCAACUCUGAAUGGGCCAAAUGGAACACUGACAGUUGAUGGGGGAGAUGAGAUCACCAACAACUUUGAGGGGUCUCUUACUGUUCUCAACGCAGCCGGAGACAUUUUUGUGGGCGGAGUUUCAGACUACAGGACAGUUUCUCUACGUGCUGGUACUGAAGUGGGAUUCAGAGGAUGUGUCAGUGAUUUAGAGAUCAAUGGUGUGAGAGUGGAUUUGUUUGGGGUGGCGGUUGGUGGGCGUGGCAUUGAGGAAUGCCUAAUUGAUCCCCUGCACUGACAUGGAAUGUAGUAACGGAGGAUCUUGUCAAGUUAUUGAUGGCUCCGAACCAGUUUGCCUCUGCGCACUUGGUUUUGCUGGCCCUACCUGCGAUUUCAUUGUGGAAAUAACAGUUCCAUAUUUCACUGGACAGUCGUACCUGGCCCAUGAAUCUCUGACUAAUGUCUUUGCAACUACUUCCAUUAUUCUGGAAGUGAGACCUUCACUGGAUGGACUACUGCUGUUCAACCAGCAGACAGAUGGGGUGGACUACAUCGCUGUCCUACUGCGAGACGGAGUGGUGGAGUUCUGGUAUGAUCUGGGUAGUGGGCCAGCCACACUAUUCAGUAGAGAACCUCUGGAACUUGACGAAUGGCACACCAUUGAGGUCUACCGAAAUGGACACAAUGGGCAGCUGAUUGUCGAUGACAUGCUCCCGGUCUUGGGAACCUCAGACGGCUUUCUCACUGGUCUGCAGUUGGGAGCUCCUCUAUUCAUAGGUGGUGUGAGCGACACAGCCAACGUUGAUCUACCCUCCCUGAUUAGAGGGGUCGGGGGCUUCCGGGGCUGCAUCAGAAGUAUUGUGUCAAACUCAGCUUCUAUUCAGCUAGUAUCCAAUGCCAAUCAUGGAGCCGGAUUAGAGGAGUGUCCCCUUCUUUCGUGCACGGAGAACCCUUGUCUAAACAACGGUGUAUGUUUCUUGGAGUUUGGGAAUGGAUCCACUGGCCAGCAGUGUCAGUGCUCUCUGCCAUUCACUGGGUCUACCUGCUCUCAGAGAGUUGAGGACUUCCUAGAGGCUCAGUUCAGUGGACAGAGCUACCUACAGUUCUCGGGUGAUGCCGUAGGAAUUGAUCAGCAACGUAUCAGUACAUCGAUAGAGAUCUCUUUCACCCCAAAUACCCUCUCCGGCCUUCUGCUCUACCUGGGACCAGUUGAUGGCAGCAUUAGCAUGGACUACCUAUACAUUGCACUCUCUGGAGGUCUAGUUGAACUGAGGCAAGUGUCCCAAGAUAUCAUUUGCCCAUAUUAGAUGGUAUAAUACAUCAGGUUUGACCUUGGGUCUGGAGAGGUUGUGGCUCUAACUUCGCAACCUCUACAAGUGGGAGACAACUACACAGUGGUAGUCAAUAGAAAUGGAGGAAAUGGCGCAAUAUCAGUUAGUAAUGGGGACAUUGCUACGACCUCGUCAGCAGCCACAAAUUUUGACGCUACAGGUUCUAUUUUUGCAGCGUAUCUUGGUGGGGCUCCAAGUCUGGCAAGUCUGACUGGAGGAACUUACACCUUUGGUUUCAGUGGAUGUGUGACUGGUGUCAGUAUAGGGAGAGUUCGUAACACUCAGCACUUACCUUUCAGCACUGCCACUGCCAGUCAAGCUGUAGACUCAUGUACAUAGCUAUAGCCCCACCCACAUCUCUAGUCACUAAAAACUGGCAAAUUUCCAUCAUUUCUCCAACAUUAGCCACAGACACAAUACAUUUUU